AUGCGGUUAUCGCUGGAAUGUGUAGCGACAAGCAAUGGAGGCCGGAAUGAAGAUAUCUAUGUGCAAAUGAGCGGAUACAUUCAGCAAAUGUGACGACGUUUGUCCCUUUUUUAAUAGGAGGAUGCCAAAAAGGAAGAAUGGAGAACUUCCUCUACCCGCUGGUUGGGAAAUCGGACGAGAUUAUGACGGCAAACUAUUUUUCAUCGACCAUCAAAACAAACAAACGACUUGGGUCGACCCAAGAGACAGGUACGUGAAGCCACUGUCGUUUGCUGACUGCACAGGUAACGAGCUUCCAUACGGCUGGGAGGAGGUGUUCGAUCCCCACCUCGGCAUCUACUACACCGACCACAUCAACCAGGUCAAUCAGAUUGAGGAUCCACGCGCGGAAUGGAGGCAGCAACAGGAAGCCAUGCUCAAAGACUACCUGCAGACGGCACACGAAGACCUGGCUGCGAAGAAGGAGAUCUAUCAGAUCAAGCAGCAGCGGCUGUCGCUGGCGCAGCAUGAGUACAGGAACCUGAAUGAAGCCCUCGUCGCGGCCGGCCACAACGGUCUCAAGGACUCGAGGACUAGCCUGUUGUCGACCAGCAGCUCCGGCAGUCACAAGUAUGAUGUUGACCUGCUGCGAGCGGACGUUCAGCUGUCGAAGACACGCGUCGCACGCAUCAAACGCGAGCUGCAGCAGAUACGCUCUGAGAUGUACUACAAGGAGAAGGGCGUCGAGACGCUGGCACAAAUCGAGCAGAAGAUGGCAGCACAGGGCGGUUACUCGAUCGAUCAGGUGCAGGCUAUCAUGGAGGAGCUGAGAGCCGUGCAGCGGACAUUGCUAUCUGGCGAGCGGGAGAAACGACACCUGAUUGGGUACCUGUCGCGGUUGAAAGACGACUUUCGGGGUCAGAGUCUUGAGUCGAUCGGUUCGACGCAGGACGUCUCAGGCUUUCCGAACCUGGAAAAGGCCAGCAUCGCCUCUCAGACGAAUCUGGCCGGGGAGUGCGUGCCGAUCGGAGCGCGGCUAGCCGAGAUGGCUCGCAUGCGGCUGAAGUACGACGAGGCACGGCGACACGUCAUCUCCGUGCAGAGCCGCCUCGCUCAACUAGAGGACCAGCUCAUACCGGGCCAGUCCGAGUCAGACAAGGACAGGUUGCUGCUGGUGCAGGAGAAGGAGCAGCUUCUGCGGGAGCUGCGCAGCAGCUGCCACAAGUCGCGCUCGGCCGAGGACCUGCUCAGCAUCAACACGGAGAUCGCGAAGCUCGAACAAUACCUGCGUGACGCCGUCGUCACGUCGAAUCGUGCCAUAGCUGGCAGAAUCCAGAUGCAGGAGGACCGCUCAUCUCUGUUCCUGCAGCUCGAUGGCGCCACCAAGAUGAUGACUCAGCUGGAGAGUCGCCUGAAGAGUCUCUCGAUCAGCACUCUCUCAAUAUCUUCGUCGAGUUCCAGCAGGGGGAGCCUCAGCACCUCCGGCUCACUGUCGACGAGCAGCAAGGGCUCGCUCAACUCGCUCAGCUACACCGACAUCUACCAGCAGGGGGCGCCGCCGCCGUCGUCGUCGGCGUCGUCGCUCGGCGACUCGCUGCAGGACCUGCACCGCCGCGUCGAGAAGCUGCUGCUGCGCGACUCCCGGCUCCCGGCCAUCCUGCCGAUCCUCGAGCAGGACGCCCCGGCGCCCGACCCCCCCGUCCGGCUCUCGCCGCGCUCCUCGCUCUCGUCCAUCUCGCCGCCGGCAUCGCCGUACGAGGCCGGCCCGCCGCCCAGCUACGCGCAGCACCAGCAGCGACGUGCGUCCCCUAGUGGCGGCGCCACAAACUUUGACGACGCAGCUGCGGCGGCGGCGGCGGCAGCGAACCUCGAUGAGAUGCAGCUCGUCGCCGGCGGCAACGGGGUCGCCGGUAGCGACGGCCGUCUGCUCGACCUGCGGCUCGGCGGGCAGGAGCUGCAUCUUGCCGACGUCGGCACGCGCGCGGCGGCGGCGGCGGUGGCGGACGCGGCGGAGGGCGGCGCACGCUCGCGCUCGACGUACGACUCGGGAAGCGAGGUGCUUAGCAACCCGCCACUGAGUCCGAUCAGCGAGAGCCUGACAGACGACGGCCGAGGGGGCAGCACGCGCAACACGCGAGGCAGCGUGUCGGCGGCGGUCAGCGACGAGUCAAUGGCCGGAGACAGCGGCGUGUUCGAGGCGUCGAACAAACGGACUGAUGAGCUCGAGGACUACUUCAGCCUAGACUGUGCGCAGCUGGAAAUCAGCCUCGAGUAUGCGCAGCAGCAGAGCCACCUGCUGGUGGGAAUCGAGCAGGCGCGCAACCUCUCUGGUCUCGCCGUCGCCGAGAACUGCGAAGUGUACGUGAAGGUGAUGCUGCUGCCGUUCACGCCAGGCCAGCAGCCGGCGAGCGCGCGCACGCCGUGCCAGCCCGACCUCUCCGCGCCCACCUUCAACCAGGUGUUCAACUUCUCCAUGCCGCUCGCAAAGGUCUACACGAAGACCCUGCAGCUCGGCGUGUGGUCGGUGAACGAGCUCAAGGAAGAGGAAGCUGUCGGCUGUGCACAGAUCAGCCUAGCUGACUUCAGUGCAGAUUCGCCACGUACGCAGUGGUACAAUGUUCUCAACAUGAGUAUAAUGCCGAUGGAUGUGAAAGGCCUAGCCCCCCUCUGUGACAGCAUUGGAGACUUGAGCGAGCAGCCUGAGCGACUGGCCGAAGAGGAGGUGGAGGGGGAGGAGGAAGAUGAGAAAGUGAAGGAACAGGGUGAGGAGGAUGACACGUUGAAGGCCAAGGAUGACAUGCUUGGGCGGUUGCACGCAGAGUUAAGAGAACAGCAGCAAGCUCUCAUGAGGCCUCGAAGAAGGCAUUUUGAUCAGACGUCUGCUGCUGUGAAUCUCGCGCAAGAGCAGACAAACGCGGCAUUCCUCGGAGCUCUGAAGGAAGAGUCGAGCGACGAGUCGACCAUCAUCUCUUCGCAGGCGUCAACUCUGACGCGUAACCAAGAGUCGGAGAUGGACAUGUCACAAGAUACGAUGAAGGGGGUCGGUUUUCCUGACAAUGACGAGGAAGAUGGUGAGGAGGAGGAAGAUGAGGAGGAUACGGCGGAUGCCAUUAUGUCUUUUGAUGAGGAGGAGGAGGGUGCAGCAGGUGGAGAAAGCACGCUGGAGUGUGAACAGGAGAAUGGGAGAGAGGAGGAGGAGGAAGAGGUGGAUUACGAAGGCCAAUACGAGACCCUGAAAAUCAGAACAGCAGACAAGGAAACGAACACAGAGUGUAACUUCGUGGUGCGUGAGCACGCGCCGCGGCAGCAGCAGCAGGCGGUGCCCGUCAUCAAGGGCAGCAGCAUCAAGCGCUCGCAGACCUUCUCGCCGGCCGCGGGUCCGCCGUCGCAGUACAUCUGCCGGCUGAACCGCAGCGACAGCGACAGCUCAAUGCCGCUCUACCGGCGCAGCACGUUCCAGCGUAACGCCGUCGAGCGACGCAGCCUGCGGCGGCGGCGCACGCCGACGGUGGCGCCCCGCGUGAAGCGCAGCGAGCGACGUAGCAUGCGCACGUCGCUCGACCUUGAGCUCGACCUUCAGGCGUCGAAGAACAAGCUGGAGGUGAUGAACGAGGAGAUCACGCGGCUGCACAAGCUCAAGCACAUACUAGAGGGCGCCAGGGAAAGAGGUGAAGAGACGCCAUCGUGGCUGUCAGAAAAUGAACAGUGGCAGAAUCUGCUGGCAGAUGCCGCCACUAGUCAAGUACCGAAGACGGAUGCCGAGAAGCGAGCGGCGAAGAUGCUACGGAAACGGACGAGAGAGAUCACGAAGUUGCGACAGAGUGCGAGAAAUGAGCCCGAUCCACAGCUGUUCAGAGAGAAGAUGGCAUUUUUCACUAUGGCCAACCCCACCGUCCCGGCGGUUCCCUCGACAGAAUCGGACGAAGACAACGAAGGAGACAUCAUAAUCGAGCGUUUGUAGGUGGCGCCACCUACCUGUUUAUGGUCAUUACUAUUCUGGGAGCGAUUUGAAGGCAGUUUUUCGAGCAGAUCAAAGAGCUUGCGAUAAUUCUUCCAUGAGUCUGCUGGUUGGCAGCUAAGCACGGUGGCUUCCAUUAGUACACAGUAUAGGAUGCGCGCGUAUGCCACGAGAUAUGCUUCCAUAUGUGAUGUGUCAUGCAGUGCUUCCAGUUCCAGUUUCACUAAUUUCCACGUAUGCUGUUUUCGUAACUUGGGCCGGCUGAACUACCGAGAGGUGUUACAUUAUAACAAGAAACCCGGAUGUUUUACUCGGCACGUUUUUGCUUGAGCACCGCUUAGCAACUAAGUGGUAUCACCAUUAAAGCCGUGCCAUUAGUCGUCUGAAAGCGCCAUCUAUAUCUUUUGAACAAGUGGACACCACUAGUGAAUGCAGGCGCAUCAGACUUUGCAACGUGGACGAUGCAGAAGUGAUAUGUGUGUGUAUGUAUGUGUGGUGUGUGUGCGUGUGCGUGCGCACGCAUAUAUUUUUAUUAUGAUAUUGGCAUCGAGAUCACGGCUGAUGGUUUUCCUCGUGUUAUCACCAGUUGAGUUUCCCAAGUCUUUCACGGGCGACCAGUGAACUUUUGAAGGAUUUUUUUGCUAUGGAGGAAGUUGCCAAUGCCGCCUGUCAGUGCUGGUGUGCAGCUGGCAGGGGGUGCAGGCUGGUAGGGGGCACAGUCUGGCAGGGGGAACAGGCUGGCAGAGGGCAUAGGCUAGCAAGGGGCACAGACUGGCAAGGGGGCACAGGCUGGCAGGGGCCACGGGCUGGCAGAGGACACAGGCUGGCAGAGGGCACAGGCUGGCAGAGAACACAGGCUGGCAGAGGGCACAGGCUGGCAGGGGCCACGGGCUGGCAGAGAACACAGGCUGGUAGCUGGUCCUUCGGUCUGACUAGCAUGCCGACAUUCAUUGUGACUAUAAUAAAAAAACAUGCUGUGAUUGUAGUUUGAAUUUAUACCGAGGAGGAAGCGAGAGUUGAAUGUGAAGCUGUAGUGAUCAACGAUAAGCUAUUUUUACGGAGCGGAAUGGUGAAAUGAUGUUGAGAAAAUUCUAUGAAUCAAAUUUUGUUAUGAAAGUGGUUUGUGCACCAGAAACCACAGAAUUUGUUUAUACAUGUACAGAGCUAUUAAAGAGUUUACUAGCUAUUUUGUGGACCAUAUUAUUUGUGUAAAGUGCCAGACCUUUUUCCGUAAUGCUUACUAGGUAACCCUUUUUACUAAUCAUGUACCAUAGCUAUGCGAAAUUUUAGUUAACUGCAUGUUGUUGUUUUUUAUGUAAGUUUUGACACAUGCAUGUAUGUUGGUUAACGUACAUGUUGUCAGAAAAAGUGUCCGAGCCCUCUUUGUGUCACACAUCAGAGAUUUGUUAGUUUUGCGUGACUCGUAAAUUUGGGGUGAGUGCAACGUUUUUGCUGCAUUUGCUGCAUCCAACAGAACCUUUCUUCAUAUAGGUCAACUUUUGUACAUACGACAAUGUUCUUGUACCAGUAAUGAGGAUUUUAUAUAAACACAUUUAGUGCAGUUGUUUUACAAGUAACAUCUUCUAGUAGUUACUGGUUGUGUAGAGAUAAUUUUCCCUAUUUCUAACCUGACUAAAUAUGCUAAAUGGGGUUGUUUUGAUAGAAAGGCAAUUAGCGACUGUUUUAUUAAUACUCAGGUUACCUUGGUUACCAGAAAACAGAGUGCUUGUAAAUUAUAAUUGUAUUAAAACAUUGAUAUUUUUGAAAAUACAAAACACGAAAAAAUA